AUGAAGUAUAUUGUAGUUUCUGGUGGUGUGAUAUCUGGUAUCGGAAAGGGGACGCUGGCUUCAUCUACUGGUUUACUUCUUAAGAUGUUAGGAUUACGCGUGACAGCAAUCAAGAUUGAUCCAUAUAUGAAUAUCGAUGCUGGGACCAUGUCACCUACUGAGCAUGGAGAAGUCUAUGUACUAGAUGAUGGUGGUGAAGCUGAUCUCGACCUUGGCAAUUACGAAAGAUAUCUAGACGUGACUUUAACCCGGGAGCAUAAUAUUACAACUGGAAAGAUCUAUAGUGAAGUGAUCUCUAAAGAAAGGAAGGGUGAUUAUUUAGGAAAAACUGUUCAAGUCAUUCCACAUGUUACCGAUGCGAUCCAAGAUUGGGUUGAACGUGUCAGUCGAAUUCCUGUGGAUGAAGAUGGAGAAAUACCGGAUGUUUGCAUUGUAGAGUUGGGUGGUACCGUUGGUGAUAUUGAAAGUGCUCCAUUUGUGGAGGCGAUGCGUCAAUUUCAGUUUCGCGUCGGUCCAGAAAACUUUGCACUCAUGCACGUCUCACUAGUCCCCAUUGUCAAUGGCGAACAGAAAACCAAGCCUACCCAAUCCUCUGUUCGCGACCUUCGUGGACUCGGUUUGACCCCUGAUCUAAUUGCAGCGCGUUGUUCAGCACCAUUGGAAAGAUCAGUUGCUGCAAAGAUUAGCAUGUUUUGUCAUGUUGGACCCGAACAAGUUUUAGCAUGUCAUGACGUUGCAAGCGUCUAUCACGUGCCACUCUUUCUCAAGGAUCAAGCGCUUGAAAACAGAUUAUCUUUGAAAAUCGACUUUUUUUUAUCUUCUUACUCCAGACAUGAUCAUACUUUUGGAACGGCCAAUAUUGUCUUAGUUGGUAAAUACGUAUCACUGAAAGACUCUUACAUGUCGGUCAUCAAAUCUCUGGAGCACGCUUCUCUUCGGUGUGGUAAGAAGCUAAACCUUGUGUGGAUUGAUUCUGAACAUUUGGAAAAACGUGGAUCAGAGACCAAGGAGUAUCAUGCUGCUUGGGUGGCCCUAUACUCUGCUGACGGUGUACUCAUACCAGGUGGGUUUGGUAUUCGAGGUACUGAAGGUAUGAUGGCAGCAGCGAAAUGGGCACGAGAGAAAAAAGUACCGUUUCUUGGUAUUUGUUUAGGUUUUCAAAUUGCCGUUUUAGAAUGGGCUAGGAAUGUUUGUAAUUUACCAACCGCUCAAUCUAGUGAAUUGCAAGAAGAUACCAAAGAGCCGGUGAUUAUGUAUAUGCCGGAGAUCUCAAAGACUCAGAUGGGUGGGACCAUGAGAUUGGGGCUUCGUGCUACCCUAUUUCAGCCUGAUACCGAAUGGUCGGCCAUCAAAGCAAUCUAUGGAGGACGAGAAACGAUAUGGGAAAGACAUCGUCAUCGCUACGAAGUCAAUCCUGACUACAUCGACCGAUUGGAGCGAGAUGGGUGGAGAUUCACCGGAAAAGAUGCUAAAGGACUACGGAUGCAAGUGGCAGAGUUGAAGGGCAAUCAUCAUCCAUUCUAUUGUGGUAUGCAAGCUCACCCUGAGUUUUGCACGAGGCCUCUAAACCCUUCACCGCCUUAUUUGGGAUUUGUCGCUGCUGCAUUCAGUAGGACAAUCAGGUCUUUCAAAUGGUUCAGGGCCAGGCAGGGCGUGCCCUGA